GUUCUUACGCGAACUCAGCAGCUACAGCUUAAGAACGAGCAGAAGAAGGCACGAGCUGAAGCGAAGGCGAACCCGAAGAAUGGUGCGAAGAAGGGUGAUGAUGGCUGUGACCAAGGCCCGGGUGGUCGAGGCCGUGGUGUGAAGGAUCCUGAGACUCCGGUGCGUCGGCAGCUCUUUCCGGAGGAGGAUGCGGAGAUGAAGGCAGCAAAGGCCGGGAAGCCUGCGGGAGCAAACCCUGGCAAGCGCCAGCGCGUGGCUGGCGAGCAGGGUCAAAGAGCUGUGGUGGAGGCAGAGUUGGGCUGGGACGGCCGUGAGGAUUUGGAUGAGGCUUGGCCCGUCAAGAAGGUGCCUGAGCCGGUGGUUGGUGCCACCCCCAUGGUGAUCCAUCCGGGCCGGCUCCGUUGCCCAAGCAGGUCUAAUUUGAUGGGCAAGCUUUCUCCAAAGGCCAAGGCCCUUGCAGGACGCAGCCCCGCUGCUAAGACAGGCAAGGCUUCGAAGCCAGUGGUUCGAAAGACGCUGCUAUGGCAGGGACCAGAUGGUGAUCUGGAUCCGGCCUGGGUGGACAAGCCCACGAAGAAGCGCAUCGCUUUCCUCCUGAAUGGCGUGGCUUCCUACACCUUCGACGAGGUCAAGAGCCACGUCCUGGCCGAGCGCAAGGAUUUCAAGAAGACACAGCUGACAGCCUACUGGACGAGGUGUGCGGUGGGCUUGAAGCUCCUCUUGGACCCAUGCCGGCCCCAGAUGUGCACAGUGAGCUUCAAGAAGAGCUACCCGAACAGCUGGAACCAUACGAUGGUUGCAGCGUACGCAGUUGCGGAGAUCCUGGAGGAAAGCGGACCUGACCAUCCGAUUUUCGACUUGAAGCGAGUCGAUGAUCCCAGGGGGCAUUUCCAGACCAAUCUUGCCGUGGCUUACGCUAGUGGGCUGAGUCUCAUGGCCAGCCUACGGGGCAAGCGCAAGUUUGCGAAGCUGGGGGUUCUGCCGGACGUGGAGUAUGCCGGGCACUGUGCGGUCAAGCUAGACUACAAGUAUCACAUAGCACCCCCUGGAAAGCAGAACUACAUGGAUAUCUUGACUCCAUCAGGCUUCCUGCAUCUCGGUGCUCUUUUGAUGUUGGCGUUGUCAAUGGUGAUGCGAGGAGAUCCUCGGGGAUUCUGGUCGAUUUGCACGGCUCUGGGUAACCAGGAUCAUACUUUCGUACAGGAGGGUAACUGCAUGGCUUCGAGGAUGUCACUGUUGCUACUGGUCGUGACGGCCAUGUCCGGAGUAUGGUCCGUUGAGCAGCCAAGCGGCAGUUUCCUGGAGUAUUAUCCGCGCUUCCGCUCGGUUAUGCGGGCAUUGGGUGAAGGGCUGUGGGGCUACCUUCGGACAGGGCAUGCCGCAGAGGUUACCAAGGUGACCUGGCAUAUGUGGCACUACGGAGCUCCUACGCCAAAGCCGCACUGGGCUUUCGCAAAUGCAAGUGCCAUAAGCCUGCUCUACAAGGGCCCGCUUCGGAACUGGAAGGAGUAUUGCAGGCACUAUCCACCCCAAUUCGGGUUGCGCCUGGUGGAGCUCCACGAUCAGGUGCUGGCCAGUCAGAAAGGCACGCCCCAGCUGCCGGAGGAGAACGAGUACUGGGUGCAGGUUCGAGAAAAGGGUGUCCGGGAGGUGGCCGAAGAGAGGGAGCAGCGGAUCACGCAGAGCACGCAGGAGCGCCGUGCCGCCCUCGAUGGUGACUACUCUGCUGUGAAUGGCUACACAAACCGCAUCGAAGCCAACGAAGCCCCUUGUGUCCAAGUGACCACCGAGGAAACCAAAGCCAAAGAGACCUUCCGCAAGUUCAUUGACAGUGUGCUGGCGAAGAGUGCCAAAAUUCGUGCCCUCAUCCGUGACAUUUCCAAAACCUAUGAUGACCCUCUGGCCGUUCAGAGACCUGCCAGCUGCGCGUCGCAGAUAGAGUUCGCGAGGGCGAUGACGGAGCAGUUUGGAGAGGAGGCUGUGGCUGCAGCCGGAGUUCGUGAUUGGGCCAAGGCAGGCCUCUGCAACUCGGAGCGUGAUGUGCAGAGAGUUAUCAAGCGGCAAGGCUUGAGACUGGAGCUGGAGUUCUCUCAGUUGCAGCUAGGGGAGGGGCUCUGUAUAGAUUGGAUACGCCCGACGACGUGGUUGAAGUACAUAGUCGAAAACAACCUUUGGUUCCAUUUGGCCGGUUUGUCCUGUCCCAACCUUCAGCUAUGCCAGGGCACAUGGUCUGGAUAUUGGAGCAGGUUUUUUCAGCUGCAUUCGGAUAUCGAUUUACCUGAAGGUUUUGAUACUGAGAACACAGCAGCCUUGUACAUCCAUGGAGAUGAAGGUCGCACCCUCAAGAAGGCUGCGCUCAUGAUCAUGGGAUUUCAAUCAUGCCUAGGCUACGGUUGCUCUAUAAACGGACGGACGCGGAAAAUGGCACCUAAUGGUGACUGCAGCUGGGAAGUCAACUAUGCCGGCCAUUCUUACACGACGAGGUUUGUCACGAACAUCACGUCAAAAAAGAUUACAGAGUCCUCUUUCGACAAGGCUUGCAACGAGCUGGGUAAAGACUUGUCUGAGUGCCUGCUGACUGGUUACACUUUCAGAGGAGUCACCUAUCGGCUUUGUGUGAUUGCCUGCAAAGGCGAUUGGCCUUUCUUGCUUCGUACAGGACAUCUCACCAGACACUUUUCACGAUCUGUGAAGAAGCUCGGCAACGAAGGUCGGGGCAAAGGCAUUUGCCAUUUAUGCAUGGCUGGGACUGAGAAUGUCCCAGCAGAGGAAUGUGGCUACACCGACUCGCGGUGGCUUCGCACGAUCCCGGCACCGCCACCAUGGAACGCGACACCUCCCUUGCUGAGACAUUUGCCUUGCUCGAAAUCAAAUCCUAGCACCUUCUUUCAGCCUGACCUUUGGCACACUGUACACCUGGGUGUUGGAAAGUCCUGUGCAGCCUCCUGCAUAAUUAUGGCGAUCAUGGUUUUGCCUGCUUUCUGUACUUUGACAAUGGAAAAGAGAUGGGAAGCCAUCACAGCAGACUAUUUGUCCUGGUGCAAGGCUGCCAAAAGACAGGCUUAUGUGAGCAAGAUUGGCCCGAGCAUGGUCAACUACGGCGACGGCACGGGUGCUGUUGGCGGAUGGCACAAAGGUGCGCUGACUACAAACCUCAUGCUUUGGUUGGAGUGUCUCUUAAGCAAAGGCUUGAACGCAGCUGAGAGCCGGAUCGUCAUGGCCCAACGUGCAGUGGAAUGUGUCAACAGCUUGUUUCGUUUCUUGUACAGUGCUGGUGCCUUUCUGUCGAAGAGUGAAGCGAUGUAUGUUAGUCGGCGGGGGCUUCUCUUUCUGAGAUGCUACACUGGGCUUGCUGAGAUGUACUUUCGUGAAAACAAACCUGCCAUGUUUCCUUUGAUCCCAAAGCUACAUUCGAUGGACCACAUCAUGCUCCAAGUGUUUUUUCAGGCCAGUCGGCACGGCUUUGCUGUAAACCCGCUGGCCACGGGGUGCCAGCAGGAUGAGGACGUGGUGGGAAGAGUUUCCCGAGUUUCACGCCGGGUUUCGAUCCGGCAAGUAAUUCGCAGAACGUUUGAGCGUUACUUAGCCGGCAGCUUUGCUGUGUGGCGUGAUUCUGGCCUGUUGUUCACUGUUUAA